CUGGCAUUAUUACUCGUGGUCGUGGCCCCUCUUCCCAAUCCCCUUGCAUUUGCAAAGCCUCCUCCUUUACAUUUGCAAAGCCAGCCGGCCUCCUCGUCCUGGCUCGCAAGCAAAGCAAAGCAAACGAAGCAGAAGCAGGGAAGAAGAAGAAGGCGAGAGCCGAGAGGUGAGGAGCUAGGCCAGUGGCGCCUGCAGCAGCAAUGGCGACGACGGACCUGGGGUUCGAGGAGACGGAGCUCCGUCUGGGCCUGCCCGGCGGCGGGGGAGAGGUGGUCGGCGAAGGGAGGAGCUCUGUCGUCUCCUCCGGGAAGAGGGGCUUCGCAGAGACCAUCGACCUCAAGCUGAAGCUGGAGCCGGCGACUCCCGCGGCCGUAUUGAAGGCGGCGGAGGCGGACGAGCAUCAGGACGGUGUUGCCGCCGCCAAGGAAGACGCCGGCUGCGUGGCCGCCGCGGAGGAGGCCGCCGUCGGCGGGAAGAUGAAGAGGUCCCCGAGCCAGAGCAGCGUCGUCACCGCCGCCGCCGUGCAGGCUGACCCCGCCGAGAAGCCGCGCGCCCCCAAGGCUCAGGUGGUGGGAUGGCCACCGGUCCGGUCGUUCCGGAAGAACAUCAUGUCCGUGCAGUCCGACAAGGGCGCCGGCGGCAGCAAAGACGCCGACAAGUCCUCGCCGGCGGCGGCAGCUGGCGGUGGUGCGGCGUUCGUGAAGGUGAGCUUGGACGGCGCGCCGUACCUGCGCAAGGUGGACCUCAAGAUGUACAAGAGCUACCAGGAGCUGUCCAAGGCGCUCGAGAAGAUGUUCAGCUCCUUCACCAUUGGAAGCUGUGGGUCUCAAGGGAUGAACGGCAUGAACGAGAGCAAGCUGGUGGAUCUGCUCAACGGCUCCGAGUACGUGCCGACCUACGAGGACAAGGACGGCGACUGGAUGCUCGUCGGCGACGUGCCGUGGGAGAUGUUCGUCGAGUCAUGCAAGCGCCUUCGGAUCAUGAAAGGAUCAGAAGCCAUUGGCCUCGCACCAAGGGCCAUGGAGAAAUGCAAGAACAGAAGCUGAGGAGAAGAUUGAAAGCUUGCAUUGCAUCUGAACACCAUGGAUGGGUGCAAGAAGAACCAAUCUCCAUAGCUUUUGCAGCUCUGCUCGCCUCUGUAUCAUAUCGUCCCUGCUCUCCAACUCCAAGCCUCUAUAUCUCCUGAUCAAUGAAGUCAUUUUGGUGUGUCAACUGUUCUAUCAUAUCUGUGCCAGUUUGUCAGUAAACGAGUCGAUCACUCAGUGUUCAAGUCUCAUCUUGUCCUAUACUACAGAAGAGAAGCCAUGAACAUGUACCUGUCCUAUAACAAUGUCUUUUUGCACUACCUGUUCUCUCCUCCUCUUCUUUUUUUUUGGUGGCUCAAAAUGCAAAGGCACCCUGCUCCUAAUCAAGGGGCCCUUUUGCAUCUUGUCCAUCAAAAGUUGUUUAAUUAUAAUUACCACGGUGUGUCAGUGGAACAAAUAACUGUUUCAAGCUGUUAAAAAAAAGUUGUGUUGUAAUAUGAUCAUCGCUCUCCCUCUCUUGUUAUUUUCA